AUGCCCUCUCCCCAUCCUCACCUCCCCCUCCCAAAGCUCAACUCCACCCUCCCCACCCUCGACAAAGCCAAACUCCACAUCCUCACCGCCUACACCCUGGAAUCCCUCCUCUUCUCCGCCCUCCAAGCCUCCGGCGCAGACGCAAAAGCCCACCGUAUAUUUCCCGAACUAGCCCGGCUGAAAAACUACUUCGGCAAAGUAAAAGCCGCGGAGGCGGCGGGCGAAGGAAAGGGCGCGCCGGGGCCGAGCACGAAGCUGGACAAGGAUGCGGCGGCGAGGUUUAUCCGGCAUGGGUUGAGCGGGAAUGAGAAGUAUGAUAAGGAGCGCGCGGAGAGGCUGGCAAAGGAGAGGGCGAGGGCGGCGCUGAAGGCUAGGCAGAUGGCGGAGAAGGUGAAUAAGAAGUUUGAUGAUGAUGUGGAGAGUAGGGUGCAGGAGGAGCUGGGGCGGAAGAGGAAGGUGGAGGAGGGGAGCGACAGCGAUAGCAGUGGUGAGGAGGAGGACACCGACGACGACAAGGACCAAGACAGCCCGGCGCAAGUCGUGAACAUGGAUACAGUCGGCAGCGAAGAAGACCACGUCGACAGCGAAAACGCAAACUUCUACGGCGAAGAUACAGACGCCUCCGCCGCCGCCGCCACACCCAGCAAACCGUCCAAGAUCGAAAACAAGAAGAAGAAAGACACAAAGGACACCAAGAAGUCCAGCAAGCGCAGGAAAAGCGACAUCAAAGUCAUCCGCAACGACGCGCAACCGCACAAAACGAGGUCAAAGCAACCCAUAGCAAAGAGAGCUCCAAAGAACGAGGACGAGAGACCUCAGGAACUCAUCCUUCCCGAGCGCGGCGGCGAACCGAAGACACGCAGCGAGAUGUUCAACCAGCUCUUGUCGGGCACUUUUGCGGAGCAGAAGAAGGAGAAGAAGAAUACCAAGGACAGGAGCAAGAAGGGAAAGAAGGCCUGA